AAAUAAAUGAAGCCCAUCUUAUAUGAAGCGUGUUAAUUUCUAUUCGAUAUGUCCCACAUUUUGUUAUUGUCAUAAUGAUUGGUUUUCGGUCAUAAAUGAAGGGAAGGUUAAAUUUCAUAAAAAAUGAAUCUAUAAUCGAUUAAGCCAAAAAAGGAUAGUACAUACUAGUAAACAUGGAUGAACGAUUAUUUUGAUGUGUAGGCACAUAAAUAAUUUAGAAACAAAAACAAAAUCUUUCAAGGCUACAACAGCAAAUAUUGAUAGAAAACUUUACACAAUUUUGAAGGUGACUAUAAUUUGAAAUCGUGAACUAUUUUCAUUAUAAAAUCUUUCGUCGAAUAGAUUGAAUCAGAUUUUUUUUCUAAACUCUGCAUUAACUCUCAAGAAAAGGUAACUAAGAGGAAAAAAUGGCUACUCGAAUGAGCGAUAUGGGUAUGGAUGUACAGAUCAAUCGUCGGUUGAAUAGUAAAUAUGAUGCAGAGAGUGAAGCUGAAGCCAUCAGUUGGUUAAAUCAAUUAACAAACGAAAAUGUACCAUUUGGCAGAGAAAAUGUUGCGGCUGCUUUGAAAAAUGGACAGAUAUUAAUCAAGUUGAUUAAUGUCGUGUUUGAUGGUACUGCAUCUCUUCCAUCGGCUGCAGCUAAAAUGAAAAGACCAUUCAAAGCUAAUACAAUGACCGCUCCCUUUAAACAGAUGGAAAAUAUUCAAACUUUUCUUAAUGCAGCAGUAGCCUAUGGAGUACCCCGAGCUAGUUUAUUUCAAACCGUUGAUUUGUAUGAAUUACGCAAUAUGCCACAAGUUUUAAAUACAUUACUACAACUUGGAACUGAGUGUCAACGUAACAAUUUUAAUGGACCCGUAUGUGGCCCCAAGCCAACUUAUGAAAAUAAACGUGAGUUCACUGAAGAACAACUUAGAGCAUCCGAAGGCAUAAUUGGUUUGCAAGCUGGAACUAAUAAAUGUGCUAGCCAAGCCGGAAUGAGUCAUGGGGGACCUCGACAUAUUACAGAUAUUAAAGUGGAUGCUGCUUCAAAAGAAGGCCAGGGUGUUAUUGGUCUCCAGAUGGGCUCAAACAAAGGUGCUACUCAAGCUGGAAUGAGUCAUGGUGGACCUCGACAUAUCACAGAUAUUAAAGUGGAUGCUACUUCAAAAGAAGGUCAAGGUGUUAUCGGUCUCCAGAUGGGCUCAAACAAAGGUGCUACUCAAGCUGGAAUGAGUCAUGGUGGUCAGAGACAUAUUGCAGAUAUCAAAGUUGGUGAUAUGUCAAAAGAAGGUCAGGGUAUAAUCGGUCUUCAGAUGGGUUCGAACAAAGGUGCUAGUCAAGCUGGAAUGAGUCAUGGUGGUCAGAGACAUAUUGCAGAUAUUAAAGUUGGUGAUAUGUCAAAAGAAGGUCAAGGUGUCAUUAGCUUACAAAUGGGCGCAGGUAAAGAUCAAGUGGCUUCACAAUCUGGCAUGAGCUUUGGAGCGCAACGUCAUAUUGUUGAUUCACAUUAAAACGAUCAUCAAUUGCGUCUAAUCUUCAUUUAUUUCAUAAGGCUUUCUGCUUAUUUACAAUUACAUCAUCAGAAUUAUCAUUCCUAUCUUACCCUAUUACUGUUAUCAAUAUCUCAUUAAGCCCUUUUCAUAUGACCGUCAAAAUUGAUCAUAUUUACGCUUAAUAUGAUAACUAUGAUAGUAACGAGGAAGUAACAUGUUCAAAGAGAAUUAAUGCAAUCUUAAAGGUUUAAACAAUAUUUCACACUAUUUAUUGUAGAAUGAGACAAUUAUAGAAUGUUCUUUUGGUGUUUUUUGCUUUUUAACUAUCAAAAUGUUAUUCAUGUAUAAUUAAAUCUUUAUUCCGAUAUUAAAUAAGAAAUAUAAUCUUUCCGCCUUUCACUAUUUAAGUUUAUUGUUUACCAUUUAUUUCAAAAGUAACGCUUCAUUAAAGUUUUCUCUCUCUCUCUUUCUCUCGAAAAAGUUGUU